GCAUUUUUUUUCUCCCGAUUCAACAACACAGCCAAGCUGCGGUAUUGACUGUGUUCCGGGUUUGUCCAAAAAUUCAACGAUUCAUAUCCAUUUCAGCUUCCGAACGGUACACAUCGCCCUUUCCGGCAACCAUGAGGUGGCAAGACGUAGUUAUUGUGCGAGUUAUUUUAUUCUCAGCGUUUGUGUCUCAGUGCUGGUCUGUUGCGAUUAACACUAAAGAUGAUUACGAGCUUAUGCCGCCACUGUUUGAAUAUGAAAAUGUGACCAAUUGUUUCGAACAAUAUCCUACGAGCGUUUACUGUGUCGUCAAAACAGUUCUGACACCUAAGGAAGAUUCUAAAGUAUGGUACGCCAUAGAGAAAUAUUCCAAAAACCCUUCCUACCACGAACACUCACUUCUGGACCGGGGAUUGUGCGUAGAUGCUUGCGUUAAUCUGGUGAACAGCUUAAAUUCUUCCACCAUACCCACAUUCGAUACGACACGUAUUACGGUGGAACCAUACGUAGGUGUUUGCCUGUAUGCUUGA